AUGUGCACCCAAAACUACAUAACCUACAAAACCUGCACACAUACCAACCCUUCUCACAAAACACCCUGCCCGGAAGCAGGCCUCCCAACGCAAUACCGACAAAACUGCAAACUAGCUCCUAGAAUUAGCCCCGAAGAUGGAGCUAGGACCGGGACUGGUACUAGGAUCACAGUCGAGUCUAUGCUCUGGAGUAACAGUAAAUACCGUAUUCCGGAGGAUAGACGGGAAGAAAAGGAUGGGAUUUGUCCGGAUUGUGCGGGGGCGUUGAGGGGGGAGAUGGGGAGGGUUUUUCGGAGGAGGGAGGAGGAGGCUGUUAGGGAGGGGGUUAUUGAGAUGGAGAAGAGGGAAAAGGAAAGACAGAGGGAGAUGGAGAAGGAGAAGGAGAAGGAGAAGGGGGGUGGGUGGAGGGCUUUUUUUGGGUAG